AGGUGAUGUAAGUUCCCGAGGUUCAAGAUUCUACAGUGGUUGUUGAAGUUCAACACGAAACUUUUCCGGCUGUGUAGGCUAUGAUGGUGUUAACUAGCCACAGGUAGCUAGUAAGUGCAAACUAGGUAGUUUGCUUCAUCCAGGACGAUAACUGGCCUUGAAAAUGACCCUCCUUUGCCUGUCCUACGGAACACGAGGAAGAAAGCUCAAGAAGUCAUUGGGAAACGUCGUGUGGGACAUGCACAUUCGCAGAAUCUGGGCAGUUAGAAAGAGCUUGUGCGACUCCAAAUACAGUUUACUGGUGGGAGGUACUGUUUGUGUGCAACCUCUGGACAAAGAACGCUUUGUGAGAUAUUAUUCAAAACCACCCAAGACAAAUUAUUACGAUACGUUAGGCAUCACACCCAAGGCAACUCAUGCUCAAGUAAAAAAUGCUUAUUAUGACUUAUCUAAAAGAUACCAUCCUGACCAAUACAAGGGAAAUGAUGGUUCCCUUAAAUUUAGAGAGAUAACGGAAGCUUACGAGGUUCUAGGGAAUUUUCAGAAAAGAAGGAUGUAUGACAAAGGAGUUUUUAGUAUAGACACAGCAGCAACUCCAGAAGAGGCAGAAGAAUAUUCUUCAAAAUUUUAUGAAUCUCGUAAAAAUCGUGGUAAGAUGCCAUCUUCUGGUAGAACUCCUAUUUACAACUUUGACGAGUGGUCAAAACUUCAUUAUGAAUCAAGUUUAGAUCGCAAACAGCAGGCAAAGAUAAGAUAUGCAGAAUUUAUAAAGACUCAAGCAGAAAUCAAAGAAGAAAAGAAGUCAUAUGCAGCUGUUUACAUAAUACUGAUAUUAUUCUGGAUAUUUUUGUUUCGUGUUUCAUUAUCAAAUGAAGUCGAUGUACCAGAAUUAUCUAAAAGUAGAAUAAAGAAAGAAAACUAGAUUUUUUUUUAGUAAAGUGAGUACUUGGUUUGUAUAUAAAAAUGUGAUAAUAUAUACUGUAAAUAAAAUUUUAUCAUAUAAAAUUCACCCAGGGCGAGAACAUUUUUAAUAUACAGUACAUACUGCACUGUAUUACAUUACAGUAUUUAAUCUUAUAAUUGUUUCUACAGUAAUACAAACCCUUGUAUUUGUUCAUGAGUUUCCUUUGGUGACAUCUGGUUUGGUCAUUGAAGAUUAGCAAAAUGCUUUUGUAACAACUAUUGGUUUCAACAAAAUACUCAUAAAGUUAGCAUUAUCUAUGGUAGGAGUUGUCUUCCUUAAAUUGACAGUAGUAAGCACUACUAAACCCUUCCUCCUUUCUUUCUCUAUCUAAGCAUCUGAAGUGGACAUAAUUGUCACCAGUUUGUAAAUCCAGCCAACUGUUCACCAUAUUUUCUAGUGUAGCAAAUUCCCAACCUUCUAUUUCAGUCACUUGAGAUUCACAGACAAUGUCCCGGUGUUUUUCCGGAAUAAAAUUUUAUUGCUGUACUACCUGACAAAGAUGACACUUUGUCACAGGGUAUCUUACAUCCCUACCUAAUUUUUUACUGUAUUCUUUAUUUUGAAAAUUGCAUAAUUCUAGUAAUUAUAAGAGUAACACAGACUUCUUGUAGACAUCGCCAGCAAACUCAGAGGAAUGUUUUUCGAAGAUAUAAUGACGUAACUUAUGAUGUCAUUAACUUGCCUCCUUCUCGAUGGAUAAUUGGCUAUUCGUGAAAAAAAUCUCAACCUCUAGCAACAAUGAAAUACAGCCAAUACUCCUUGUUUACACUUUUUAGUAUGUAGUAGUAGUAGUAGUAGUAAUAAAGGAUUCACGUCAUGAGGUCGAGUGUUAGAAACUUAAGUAGGGUUUGCCACGAACCUCCUCACUUCCAAACAAUUGUACAAGUCAAAUCACAAAAGCUGUCUUGCAACCACGGGGACAAUGACUUAUCGUAGCCGCCAUUCUUGAAGCCUUGGCAAGGUAUGAAUAUUCAUUCAGAAUUUCAGAAACAGCUGCUCAUCGUCAUCACCUUGUGGGAGGAAUCGGGACGUCGUAUGUUUACGUCACAUAUAACUUUGAACCCAUACAUUAAAUGUUCCGCCACUGUCUUUGGCUGCGUUAUUGUGCUCAUAUGAAUAUACUUUUUUCUAAUACGUAAAAGUGAUAAAGAAUGCUGCCAAAAAUUGGGUAGGGAUGUAACGUAUAUUAUGGCUAAGUAUCUCUGUCAAAUGCACAGAAAAAAAGUUAUUCCGGAAAAACACCAGGACAAAGGCUCUGAAUCUCAUAAUAGUCAUAUAUUUCAGUUCCCCCCCCCCCCCCACAAUGAGGUCUAUUAUAUAUUUUGGUGUAAGUUUACUUAGGUGUAAGUUUUGCAUUGCUUAGUAAAUUUAUUGUUUUCAUUUGUGCAAUUACCACCUUGAGAAUUUGGUUUAGAUUGCAGGUUUAUUAGUUUUGAAAGAUACAAAUUCAUUUAAAAUGUCAUAUUCUAUAAGAAUGAGUCAGAUUUUUUGAUAGCAGUUAAUGUAGAUCAUUGUUUAGGCAAAGGAAUGCUGAAAGUUAUUUGCAGAGGAUGCUAAUAAAGCAGUCAUACAUUCAUAGUGAAAACUCUUUCUGAUAUGUGUAUGGAGUUGACUGCUACCACAGAUAAAGUUAGUAUAAUGUAAUGGGUUUGUUUGAAAAAGUUAAUUGUAUUUUAAAGAUAUGUCCUCAUUUUUCUUUACCCACCUGAUUUCAGAAUAAGCGUUUCGUUUAUUGUUAUGUAUUUAUUGUUAUUUCUCAGUCAUUAUGUUCUUUAUAAUACUGAUGUGUUCUUGUAAAUAAUUAAACUCAGCUGUUUGUGGGCAACAUUUUAUUUUACUAAAGUCUUACUGCAAGUAGCAAGAUAUGUUAACGAAGAGGUAAUCAUUCUUGAAGGGAGAGCUUAUAUGAUUUUGUGUGUUUAGAAAGGUUAAAUAUAAUUGCAAUGAUAACAUACUGUACAUACAGUAUUACCUGUGCUGAUCAACCAUAUACAUAAGGCUACUGUAGUUACUUCAAGUUGUAUUAGCUGUGAGCAAAUUACUGCAACAAUAAUUGCAUCAGUUAAAUAUGAGGUUUAAUAACAACAGAGAAUCAGAGAACUGUUCUUUGGAACACUAGACAAGGUAGGUCUAAAGGUUUAAAGAACUGUUGGAUGGAUGAGCAGUUAGUCUUUUAUUAGCUUGGGUCUGAAGAAUAUAUGAAAGUUAAUUUAAUAAGAGAGUUGGGCUUACCAGAGGAAGUCAUUGACCUGUUUUUAAAAAUACAAUUACGUAUAAGAACUUGAGAAACUAAAAAUAGGUAGGGCAUUCCCAAGUUUUUAGUAGAAUAGAAGGACAUGAAUACUAAGUCACUUAAGUAGUCCAAGCAUUACAAGGUGAUAUUUCAAUGCUGUUAAAUGUGUAAGGGACAAAUUCUUCUAACAGAUUUUCAGGAAAUUGACAACCUAAAUUAUGUGUUGAAAUCUGUGCCCCAAAAAUACUAAUGAAAGCAAACCUUUAAUUGUAUUUUCAUUCAAAAUAAUUGAGAAGAAUUUGUAAAAAUUAUACAUUAGAGGUAUAAAAUUUUGUGUGACCCCAUUCAGAUGAACUUGACAAAUGACCAGCUGAAGAUAGCUGGGAGGUAAAUGUAGAAGCAUAGUAAAAGAAACAAAAUUUGUAUCUGUGAACACAAGAAGUGUUGAAUAUAUUUAUAUUUCUGAUAAGAACUUACUUUACUUGCAGUUCUCUUAAGUGUUAGAUAUAUCUGGUAAGAAAAAAAUAUGAAAUUAGAGCUUUUGAAAUUAAAGAAAGGCUAAUUUUUGAGGGGUAAUUAUAGAUUCUGGUUAGCUAUCAUCUUUGCUUCAACAGUUUAUUCAGUACUACUACUUUGGUUGCCUCAUCCAGGCAAUAUUUCAGAAGUUAGAAUGGGCCUGCAUCCAUAAAAUCAAAAUUAUUUACAGCAUAUCAUAAUUAAGAUUUUGCUUUGCAAAUUUCAUCAGUUCCUUGUUUUAAGUUCUUUAAUAUUCAAUUAGAAUAACAAGGAAAUGUUGAAAAUGGAUAUCUCAGGGAUAUUUACGGAACUUUCUUUUGCAAUAUUGAAGUUUUUAUUUGUUGACAUCACAUGAUCAGUACAAAUUGUACUUUAUUCAUCUGUUGCUGUUUUAUAGCACUGUAGUAGACUGAAAUAAAUUACUCUUAUAGAAUGUAGGUUGUUAAGUCAGGUGUAAUUUCAGUUAAAUGGCAAGCAAGUUAUAUGUUAAUCAUCUCCACUGGGAAAAAUGAGCAAUAUUAUGAAUAAUAGGAGAGAGACCCAUGAGUUUAAAUUUGUGGAUAUAUUUUCUAGUUAUAUAUACAAAAUGUUUACAGUAUACACUGGUAAAAUAUAAACCCAAAUAUAAUGAAAUGGAUCUGUCUCCUAUCAUCAAUUGGAAUAUGAAUGAUUAUAAAUGAAUAUCACAAAUACAACUACACUGUAAGAAAAUACAAUGAUGUUGAUCAAUGAAAUUAUGGUCAAGUGUUUUGGUAAUAUCUACUGUACUUUAUUUUCAUAUAGUACAAUAUAUUUUUUGUAUAGGAUACAAAAUGUUCCUGUUGAAUAAUUUUCUUUGUACUAUCUGUAAAUAUACAGGGAAAAUUUA